AUGGCAUUCUUUCCCGAGGUCAAGCGCAAGCUGCGACAGAUCUUCAACCUGACGAGCUUCCGCCCACACCAACUGGAGGUGAUCAGCACGACACUGUCCGGUGAGGACGCAGUUGUGCUCAUGCCCACGGGUGGAGGCAAGAGUCUCUGUUAUCAGCUCCCCGCAAUUUGUGAUAGUGGCAAGACUCGCGGCGUGACAGUCGUGAUAUGCCCGCUGCUCGCGCUCAUGAUCAACCAGGUCGAGGCACUCAAGGAGAAGGGCGUCGACGUCGCCUUCUACAACUCGGAGCAGGAUGCUAAAGAGUCGGACCAGGUCACCCGCCGCCUUCGCUCGAAAGGCAAUCGCCCGCGCAUCUUUUAUAUCACUCCCGAGAAGCUGAAGCAUAGUUCACUCGUUGGCCGGCUGUUGAACGAGAUCAGGGACGAUCGGGAGCUUGCGCGCUUUGUUAUUGACGAGGGCCAUCUAGUCAUCAAGUGGGGCCGGGACUUCCGUGAGGCGUACAAGUACCUUGAAUGUCUGCGUACGGACUUCCCAGGUAUACCGAUCAUGGCACUCACUGCAACCGCGACACAGCAAGUGAAAGAGGACCUCAUCCGUAUCCUCAAGAUUCGCGGAUGCAAGGUUUACUGGCAGUCGAUGAACCGACCUAACCUCAACUACGAGGUGCGUCCGAAGAAGGGAGUCGACCGAGAGAUUGUCCAGUUCAUCCGAGCCCAUCACGCGGAGGAGACGGGGAUUAUCUACGCACGAAGUCGGCAGACUUGUGAGAACGUCGCCAAGAAGCUGCGCGAGAGUUAUGGGCUCAAAGCUCGGCACUUCCACGCGAAGAUGCAGAACGUGGACAAGAAGGACGCACUUGCCAAGUGGCAGAGUGGCCAGUGCAAGAUCAUUGUUGCUACGAUUGCGUUUGGGAUGGGUAUUGACAAGCCAGACGUGCGAUACGUGAUACAUCACGACCUCCCGAACGAUUUGGAUGGAUACUAUCAGGAAACUGGCAGGGCGGGCCGCGACGGCAAGCCCGCAGAUUGUAUUUUAUACUACUCCUGGGGCGACGUGAAUACUCGACGGCGAAUGAUCCGCGACAACACGGAGUGCGAUAGUCGCGAGAAGGAGCAUCAAGAACAAGAGAUUCUCCGCGUAGCCCAGUUUUGCCAGAACAACGUCGACUGUCGACGUACACAGGUUCUUGCGUACUACAAUGAGACUUUCGAUCCUGAUCUAUGCGAAAACGGUUGCGAUAAUUGUCGCAACCCGUCCGGAAUCGAGGAAGAAGACGUCACGGACAUGGCCGUCAAGAUCAUCCAACUUGCAGAGGUUCUCGUUGACGGCGGCAAAUUCACCAUUACGCGCAACCAGCUACUCGAGUUCUUAUGGGGCAAAUCUGGCGCCUCGACGAGGGCUAUACAAAUGCAGUCUCACGAGUUGUUCGGCAGUGGUAAGAAUAUGCCUCGCGAUCGAACCGAGCGGAUAGCAGACCGCCUUGAGAGUAUGGGCAUCUUCCGGAUCUUCUCGAAACAAAAUGGCGAAUGGAGCGCUGCCUAUCUGGAGGUACGUUACCUUUGCGACCUAUUCACCUUGAGCUAA